AUGUCGAUCGGCAAGCUACUGUCCAACGGAGCCCUCCUCGUCGACGUGCUCAUCAUCGGCGCAGGUCCGGCUGGCCUCUCGACGGCCACCGGCCUGGCUCGUCAGCUACACACAGCAGUAGUCUUCGACUCUGGCGUGUACCGCAAUGCAAAGACCCAAAUCAUGCACAAUGUCCUCGGAUGGGACCACCGAAACCCCGCCGAGCUGCGAGCCGCAGGUCGCGCCGACUUGACCAACCGCUACUCCACCAUCCAAUUCCAGAACAGCACCAUCGAGGCAAUCAGGCAGAUUGAGACACACCAGCUGUUUGAGGCGCGAGACACUGAAGGGCACCGCUGGUAUGGUCGCAAGGUCGUGCUGGCGACCGGCGUCCGAGACAUCCCGCUGGACAUUGAGGGAUACUCGGAGUGCUGGGCGAACGGCAUCUACCACUGUCUCUUCUGUGAUGGCUACGAGGAGCGCGGCCAGGAGACUGCCGGGGUGCUUGCUCUGGGCCCUAUCGCGAACCCUCCGCGCGCUCUGCAUUUGGCUCGCAUGGCCAAGCGGCUCUCCGAGUCGGUCACUGUCUACACCAACGGCAAUGAGCAGCUGGCGAAGGAGAUCCAGGAGGCUGCAGGGGCGUCUCCUGCCGGCGCCUCGUGGCUGGAAUUUGAUGCACGACCCAUCACACGAUUCGAAAAGGGCGAUGUCGCCAAGACCGUCAUUGUUCAUUUCGGCGAGAGCGGCGAGUCGAAAACAGAAGGCUUUUUGGUGUACAACCCCCAAACAGAGGUGAACGGACCGUUUGCCAAGCAGCUCGCCUUGAAAAUGACAGAAGGAGGGGAUAUCCAGACCACGCCUCCUUUCCAUGAGACCAGUGUGCCCGGGGUAUUUGCAGUGGGGGAUUGCGCCACGCCGUUGAAGGCCGUCACCCCUGCGGUGGCGAUGGGAUCUUUGGCUGCUGGAGGUCUGGUGGCUCAGCUGCAGGCUCAGCCAUUGCCCGAGUUUCGUCUCGAUCGGGAACUAGAAUGCGGACAAGUCCUCAAUGACAGCAACUAUUACCAUGGCGAACUCCACCCCCCCCUCUUCGAAUACAACAUCUCCUUCACCACCCCAGCCAACCCGCCGUCGUGUGAGCCCAAGCUCACGGCGAAGGAUCUCUGGACCGGCAUCGCCCGGGUGGCAGAUACACCCCAGGAAUAUGCGCCCUACGUAUCCAGGUGCGAGGUGCUCUCGCGCAACGGCCACGGCCUGGAGCGGAAACUGACCAUGGCAAACGGGGCGGUCCACAAAAGCGACGGGGAGAUUAUGUAUCAAGACGUGUGGAUUGCAGACCGUUUACUGGUGGAAGCAAGAACCAAGGAUACUGGCGCAAAGACCACCUUCCUGCUAUCCUACCACGACACGGCAACCAUCAGCCCCGACUCGACGGAUAUCAGCUUUGCCGUGAUUUAUGAGUUGAAGCUGGCCGGGAUUGAGCCUGGCAGUCCCGAGGCGAUGCGCAUUCAGGCGGAAUAUCCCGAGCUGGCGCGCAAGGCUUGCACAUCGACCGUGGAACAGAUUCGGGAAUGGAAGAAGAAUGGGCAAUUGGACGUCUGGGCUGAGGCUGCUGAAGUGCCUGUCUGGUGA